GGAGCUGAGCCGUUCCAUCGUAGAGUACUUGCUGGCAAAAGCUGUUCAACCUAAGCAGGAACUCUUAGAAGACGUCGCCUUGCAAAUUACUCAUCUAUUCAGUUCUAAAACUGCUGUAAGUAACUAUUUUAUUCCAAAAACAGUAUAAAUUUGAAGUAUUUUUCCCCUAGGAAACCUAUUUUCUUAAAAACAAAGGCAAAAACCAGGUGGACUGAUCUACUCAAACUAUUACAACGUCUGAUGACGAAGAAAAUCUUUCCCCCAAUGCACAUGUUCUUGAAGGCAAGUGAAACUUAACCUUUUCGAAUACAUGUAUUUAAGAAGUAUUUUACGUUUAUAGAGGAGGUCGAGUUAGCAAGAACUUGGUUAAAGCUAAAUGUCGAGCCGUUCGAGACUGUUCUGAAUCACUGGAACUCUAGCUUUAUGUGGAGGACUAAUUUUCUUAAAUCAGAAGCAAAUUUCUCCGAUGUGUUGGAUGAAUUUCCAAUUUUAAAGCAAUCAUUUGGACACUCUCUGAUUGAGGCCGAUUUUGAUUUGCUGUAUCCCCAUCAAAGCAGAAAAUUGGUUGAAAAAUGGGAUAAUUUUAAAAUACAAAUUGUUCCCCUUCUCAAGUCCAAAGUCAGAGAGCAACAAAGUUUAAAUUUGUUGAAAAUUUUUGACCAGCAAUCAGAAGGAACUAAGUCAACUUUAAUAUGGAUGUGCCUACAUGCAGUUUUGGUUCCAACAAACAGAUGCAAAAAACCUGGAUCCAAUAAUCCAGCAGCCAAAUUCACGAUCGCCGACUCGAGAAACCGAUUCAUGGUGUGGAAGGCGAGUUUGGGCGAGCUGCAGACAUUUCUAAAGGAUCAAACGGAUACUUGUUUCAGUGACAAGCUAAAACUUCAGCCCUUUGUAUGUUGUAUCAGAACUAACCCAAUUAAUUUAACUGAUUUUUUUGUUUAUCUAUCCGGUAUAUUCUACCGUAUGCCAGACUUGCUCACAAGUAUUGAUGUUUGCUUCAAGAUAUUUUUUGUUUUAAAUCUCAAAUAUCCUAGUGAGUGCCAAUUGGUGUGGACAUUUAUUCAAAAGCUAAUUUUUGAAAUUGAGCUUAGCUCAGAUAUAAAAAACAAAUCUGUUUCGGAGCUGAUAAAUGAUUAUAAAAAUUUAAAAAACUUCUACAAGAACUUGAAAAUGACGGAGUGGAUGUAA